AUGGCAGUUUCUCCAAAUUCCUGCCUCUCCAGGUAUCUGCUCAUCUUCAUUCUCCUGCAGCUGCCCAAGCUGAAUUCAGCUUACUUUGAUGUGAUUGGACCCAAAGAACCCAUCCUAGCUGUGGUGGGUACAGAUGCCCAGCUGCCUUGUCAUCUUUCCCUAAACAUGAGUGCACAGCACAUGGAGUUAAGGUGGUUUCGACAAACCUUGUCACCGGCAGUGUUCCUAUACCAGAAUCAGCAGGAGCAGGACAGGGAGCAGAUGCCGCAGUACCGAGGGAGGGUGACACUGGUGAAGGACAACAUCACCACUGGACAUGCUGCUGUGAGGAUUCAUGGUGUCAGGGUCUCGGACGAUGGGGAAUACCGAUGCUUUUUCAGGGAGAAUGAAAGCUAUGAAGAGGCUAUCAUGCACCUGAAAGUGGCUGCUGUAGGCUCCGAUCCUCACAUCAGUAUGGAAGUUCAAGAAAGUGGACAAGUGCGGCUAGAGUGUACCUCCAUGGGGUGGUAUCCAGAGCCCCAGGUCCAGUGGAGAACUCCCACAGGACAGACUUUAUCCUCCAGGUCAGAGUCCAAGAAUCCUGAUGAAGAAGGCCUUAUCAAUGUGGUAGCUUCAGUGAUAAUUGGAAGUAACUCCAUAGAGAACGUGUCCUGCUCUAUCCACAAUCACCUUCUUGGCCAGGAGAAGGAAGCAAGAAUUUCCAUACCAGCUCCCUUCUUCCCAAGACUGACUCCCUGGAUAGUGUCUGUGGCUGUUGUGCUAAUCGUCUUAGGACUUCUCACCAUUGGUUCUAUAUUUUUUAUUUGGAGACUGUACAAGGAAAGAGAGAGGAAGAGUGAAUUUGGUUCUACAGAGAAACUACUAGAAGAACUCGAAUGGAAAAAGGCUACAUUACAUGCAGUUGAUGUGACUCUCGAUCCAGACACAGCCCAUCCCCACCUCUUUCUGUAUGAAGACUCAAAAUCUGUUCGGCUGGAAGAUUCACGCCAGAAAGUGCCUGACAAACCAGAGAGAUUUGACUCUUGGCCCUGUGUGUUAGGCCAUGAAACUUUCACUUCAGGAGGUCAUUACUGGGAGGUGGAGGUGGGAGAUAGGACCGAUUGGGCAAUCGGUGUGUGUAGAGAGGAUGUGAUAAAGAAAGGAUUUGACCCCAUGACUCCUGAAAAUGGGUUCUGGGCUGUGGAGCUGUAUGGAAAUGGAUACUGGGCCCUUACACCACUCCGGACUCCUCUUCCAUUAGCAGGAUCGCCUCGCCGUGUUGGCGUUUUCCUGGACUAUGAAUCAGGAGACAUCUCCUUCUAUAACAUGACUGAUGGAUCUCAUAUCUAUACUUUUCCCAGUAUUUCUUUCUCUGGCCCCCUCCGGCCAUUCUUUUGCCUAUGGUCCUGUGGUAAAAAGCCCUUGACCAUCUGUCCAGUUGCUGGCAGGCCUGAGGGCAUUACAGUCAUUGCUAAUAGCCAGGACCUUUCUAAGGGUAUCCCUUUGUCCCCUAUGGGGGAGGAUUCUGCCUCUGGAGAUAUUGACACCCUGCAUUCUAAACUAAUCCCUUCCCAAUCCAACCAAGGGAUACCUUAA